CCUUCAGCACUGCCUCAUUACUCUUCCACUUGAUAACUUGCUCCUUGAUUCUUCAUCCUUAGUCCACAACCACAGGCUACUUGCUUGCUUCCCGUUUUUAACUGGAAACCUUGAGUGACUAACAUCGAGCCUUACUAAGGGCAUAAUUUCACACCUUUGUCAGUACAUCAGUUUCUUCUAUCUUCUAUUCUUCUGUCACUCAAAGAAAGGUCAUGGGAAAUGCACAGAGUGGAGGGAUUCCCAGAGAGAUCCUGGAUGACCUCAAGCUGACUACCAGGUUCUCAGAAUCUGAGAUCACCCAGUGGUAUGAGAACUUCCAGAAGCAGAGUCCUACAGGUCGCAUCACACUACAACAGUUUGAGGAGAUCUAUGCUAAAUUCUUCCCCGAGAGUGAUGCCAAGGCUUAUGCCCAACACGUUUUUCGGUCAUUUGACACCAAUGAUGAUGGUACAUUAGACUUUAAAGAGUACGUUGUUGCACUUCACAUGACCUCCUCGGGCAAGUCGACCUUGAAGCUGGAGUGGGCCUUCUCACUGUUUGAUGUGGACAAGAAUGGUUACGUCACAAAACCUGAAGUGACUGAACUCAGCCAGGCAAUUUUCAAUCUCAUACCAAAAGAGAAGCAGGCAAAUCUUCCCAGUGAUGAGAGCACGCCAGAGAAGAGAGCAGAGAAACUCUGGGCCAUCUUUGACAAAAAGGACAAGGAACGAGUCGCAGAGGGAGAGUUCAUCCAGGCCAUUCAGUCAAACGAGGCUGCGCUACGGCUCAUUCAGUACGACCAUAAAUGACCCAGUGUGAUCAUGUUCAUGCAAACGGCAAUUUUGUCAUGCUUGACUUCAUGUGCAUUUGUUGUAUAUUAAAUGUGUUCAUUAAAGAUUCGCCAUCCUUGAUUUGUGUGUCGCCAUUGUAUUCUGCUAGUUUCACAUGGGCCUAUCUUUUUAUUAAAGCAACUGUAUGUAAGGUUUUAUU